AUGGGGCCAAAUUGGCUUGAGCUUCCUAGAGACAUUACAUCAAACAUUCUCCAAAGGCUUGGUGUGGUCGAAAUUUUGACAAAUGCACGCAAUGUGUGUCCUUAUUGGUGGAGCAUUUGCAAGGAUCCUCGCAUGUGGCGCACCAUUCACAUGAUCAACAAUGAAACUUCCCCUGAUGUGGAUUUGGUAAAGAUUUGUCGUUAUGCUGUUGAACAAAGCUGCGGUGAGUUGGAAGACAUUGAGAUUGUGUCUUUUUGCACUGAUGAUCUCCUUCAGUACAUAGCUAGUUGUGGAAGUCACCUACGACGCAUCCAACUUACAAAAUGCCGAAAUAUUUUACACAAACAAUUUAGUGAAGUUGCAAACAAAUUUCCACUGCUAGAGGAGCUGGACAUUUCAUUUAGCAACCUAUGUAAGGAUUCUCUUGAAGUCAUUGGUCGGAGUUGCCCACUUUUGAAAUCAAUAAAAUUUAGCAGAAUGUUCAGCAAAGACAUCGAGCUGAAUGAUGACGCUUUUGCUAUUGCAAAAACCAUGACUAAGUUACGCCAUCUUUCGAUGUUUGGAAACUUGCUUACUAAUGUUGGGUUGCAUGCCAUUCUUGAUGGUUGCCCCCUUCUUGAAUCUAUUUGGGUUCCUCUUCUUAAAGAUCUUGACUUGCGAGAAUGUCUUAAUCUAGAUUUGAGUGGAAAACUGGGGAAAAGGUAUCAAGAUCAAAUCAUAUAUUUACGGCUUUCAAAUUACGAUGUAGAUGGCAAUUGGUAUGAUCAUGAUAAUUCUUGUAGAAAAAAGUAA